CAGCAGUUACAGUCAAUUUCGCAUAAAAAGUACAUUUUAAGUUCAAAUAAAAAUAAUUAAAAAGUCAUCAUGCCAGACAGCGAGACAUGCAUAAAGUACACGUUAUUCAUAUUCAAUUUCUUUUUUGUGAUUACCGGUAUAAUAAUAUUGUCUGUUGGACUAACAGUACAAGGAAUUUAUCACGGGUAUAGUGAAUUUUUGAGCAGCCAAUUCCUCUCUCUUCCUGUGUUCUUAAUUGUUAUUGGCUCAAUUAUUUUCUUUGUUGCCUUUUUUGGAUGUUAUGGAGCAUGGAGAAGCAACUAUUGCAUGAUAUUAACAUUUUGCGGACUGUUGACAAUAAUUUUCAUACUGGAACUGGCAGCUGGUAUAACAGGAUAUAUUCUCAAAAAUUCCACGAGCUCGUUGAUUACUGACACUCUACAGCCUACAAUGAAGGACUACAUAAAUAAAGAGAAGCCACAUAUUGCAACUGCAUGGGACGAUAUUCAAUCACGCUUCGGUUGCUGUGGAUUGGAAAAUUACCAAGAUUGGGUGACUGAAAUUGAAGGCAUUCCGUUAUCAUGUUGCGAGAUUCCGCAUGGCAUUUUAAAUACCUUCACAUGUUCGAAUGAGACAACGACACUCCAUGAAGUCGGAUGUGUUGCUAGUUUUGGCUCUUUUGUUCAAGAACAUGCUCGAUCAUUGGCAUUGGCUGGAAUAAUUUUAGCAAUUGUCCAAUUGUUUGGAUUAUUAUUUGCCUGUAUGGUGGCUAGGAGAAUUAAAUAUCAUCGUGUCUCGGGAUAUGAAUAGAAAGAGCAACAGUCGACUGAUGAAUUUGUUGAGGAAAUUAGUCAGUGUAAUUUUUGAAGGCUAAUAGAUCAU